AUGGACGCAGACCUUGAGAAGUCUGCCCAGUCCAGCACUACAUCCGGCCAUAACCGUCUCCAUACCUCGAAGAAAAGACCAUUGGACACCACAAAAUGGAUGGCGUCCAUAGACGACGAGACUCUACUGUCCAACCUGACCAUCCCCGGCACCCACGACUCCGCCGCCUACACCAAAACCUGGGCCCCCUUCGUGCAAACCCAAACCCUCCCCAUCCGCGCCCAACUACGCUCCGGAAUCCGCUACUUCGACCUGCGCUGCACGCUCCGCAACAACGUCCUCGAAAUGUGCCACGGGAUCCGCUACCUCAACCUCACCCUCGCCUCCGUCUUGCAGACCAUAUACACUUUCCUCUCCAACCACCCGAGCGAAGCGUUGGUCGUGCAGAUCAAACAGGACCGCCGCUCCCAGAACUCUAGCGUCUCAUUCGCAGAAGCCGUCAUAGAGCUCUUAACACAUCAAUCGUCCCACUGGCGGACCGCAAAUACCCCAACCAUUCUGGGCGAACUACGCGGCAGGAUUCAACUAUUUCGUCGGUUCAACAUCACUGAACCCGGAGCCGCAUACGGCAUCGACGUGACGGAAUGGCAAGAUAACCCCACCCGGCCCUUCACAAUCUACACCUCUCACAGCACCCGUCUGACGAUCCAAGACCACUACAGCUUCCCCUCUGGCGCCACUCUCCCAGACCUCAUCCGGAAAAAGGGCGGUGCGAUCUCUGAGCUGUUAACGAUGGCAUCCAAGGAUCCGGAUCCAUGGCAUUGGUACGUCAAUUUCACGAGCGCGUACGAGUUGAGUCUGCGAUAUCAGAUUCCGCCGAGGCCGAUUGCCGCCGGCGGUUGGUGGGGGUUUCGAUGGGAGGAGGGGGUUAAUGUAAGGCUGAGGGGUUGGUUGGAGCAGAAGAGGAGGGGGAGGUUUGGGAUUGUGGCUAUGGAUUUCCCGGAGGUGGACGGCGGUGAGUUGGUGGAGGCGUUGGUGAAGACCAAUUUCAGGCGGGAUGAGAGGCUGGAUAGGGAGAGGAUGCGUUGGCUUGUCAUGGGUGUGGUCGUGCUACUCUACGUCUUUUGGAUCCUUUGGCGAGGUUUUGGAUGGUGGAUGAGUGGUGGCCCGCGUGCUGCGUCUGGAGUGGACAGAGAUGGGCUAGAUGCGCCUGUACAGAGCUCUGUAGCUGUAGAUUUUGUAAGCUGA